AUGGAGACGACACAGCCACGAGCAUUUGGCAGCAAUCUGAAAUGCUUGCAUCGACAUGCGGCUGGUUUGCGGGCUCCCAUCGACAAGCGACAUUUCAUUGAGUUUGGAGUUGGCGUGGGCGAAGAAGUCAAACGGGUUAGGAAUGAGCGCCUCGAUCUGCGCCUUUUCACAGUAGAAUAUCGUGAUGGAGUAGUUGAAAAUGAAAUUCUCAAUCAUCAUUUUCUCCAAGGGAGAACGCACACAGUGCUCUGCAAAAAGCCGAUGGGCAAUGACCUUGUAAGCGGCGUUGAAAUGAGCUGCACAUCGCGUGGCAUUGGAGCCCGAAAACGAGUCUCGAAGACACAACGUUUGAAGCACUUGCACAGCCACGAAAAACCAGUCUUCGUAGCCGUUGACUCUGCCAUGUUUCAUGAGCUUCACAAACAGCUCAAGCGCUUUCUUGUAUCUCCUCUGGGCGACGUCUUUGCAUCGCACAUCCUCUCUGGCUGCGAGAGAAGCUCCACAUGCAAUGUAGAUCUCUCGUAG